ACGAAUCACGAAGCUGCACCCCUACCCCUCAGUCGUAAAGCCCCACCGACCUCGAGGAGGCCGCCCAUAUCCCUUGUGGAAUGAUUAAAACCCUAACGGCCCUGGGAGUCCCCUUCCUUUCUUCGCCGAACCGAAAGCGGAGCAUCGAAUCGAAGCCACAACGGACUCACAGGACGCUGGAUGGUUUAAUCGUUGAUUUGUUCCAUAUGGUGGUCAUCUUGUUCAAGCACUGGGGAGUAAUAUGAUAAGAAGGAUGACUUGAUUACAUGGAGCGUCAGUAAUCUCAUUUUUCAACUGGAAUAGAUGAUAUGGUGAAGAUGGUGUUCACGCAGCAGUGCGCGAGUGACAUUUGUUGCUCUUAUGGAUCAUCAUUCCCAUUUCGCUCAAUCCAUGCGUAUGGUUCUCAGGCAUGUUCAUCUACGGCGCUCUCUGUGGUUCAUGUGGAUUACUCGAAGAAGCUCAAGCUUAAGCAUGACAUACAGCUUGAUAGUUCUGCAGCUCUCCGAGUUGGCCCUGCGGGGACGGUUGAUGGAAGCAACAAAAGCAACUAUAAUUCAGAAAAGGCAACACCAGUCAAUUAUGCUAAACCCCUGCGAUUAUCAACUUCCAAUGCAAGUGGCUCGACCCUUGAUGGGUAUCAUGUGGAGCAUGAUGAGACCUCCAAUAAUGAUGUCCUUUGUAAUCUCUGUGAGAAUGGAAAACUCAUGGAAGCCUGCAAUUUGGUUGAUGUUAUGGCUCGGUUAAGUCAGGUACCAGAUCUCCAAUCAUGCGUAAACCUGAUUCGUGGUUUGAUCAAUGUUGAUAGGAUUGAGAAGGCCGUUCGUGUUCUUCAGGUGAUGAUUUUAUCUGGUGGGGUUCCAGACAUAAUCACGUAUAACAAAUUAAUCGGUGGUCUCUGCAGGAGAGGUCAGCUGAAUUCUGCAAUCAAACUAGUUGAAGAUAUGGGUUUCUGUGGUUGCCCUCCAGACGUGAUUACAUUUAACACUUUAUUUAGGUCCAUGUUUGAGCAUGGUAAGUAUGAUGAGGCAAUCUGGUUUUGGAAAGAUCAGUUAAGGAAAGGUUAUCCGCCAUAUCUCAUUUCUUACACAAUUCUUCUCGAACUCGUGUGCAAAUACUGUGGUAUUCGGCGAGCCAUGAAUGCUAUGGAAGAUUUGGCCUUUGACGGAUGCCAUCCUGACCUUGUGACCUUUAAUUCUCUUAUCAAUUUGAUAUGCAAAAGGGGUAAAUUUGAGGAUGUGGCAAUGGUUGUAGGUGGCCUUAUGUCACAUGGUCUGGAGCCCAAUGCAGUCACCUAUAACACCUUACUUCACUCAUUCUGUAUUAAGGGAAAGUGGGCUGAAGCUGAUGAUAUGCUUUUUAUCAUGAAGGAAGCUUCAUACCCUCCAACUGUGGUUACAUACAAUAUCUUAAUCAACAGCUUGUGCAAAUACCAGAUUCUAGAUCGGGCAAUUGAUGUCUUGCAUAAAAUGUUAAAUGAGGGAUGCUCCCCAGAUAUAGUCACUUACAACACCCUUCUUGCAGCAAUGUGUAAAGUGGACAUGAUAGAAGAGGCUCUAAAUAUACUUCAUAGUCUUAGGGAUAAUGGAUAUUCUCUGGUUGUCAUAUCAUAUAACACCUUGAUAGAUGGAUUAGCAAAGAAGGGUGAGAUAAAGAAAGCAAUGGUUUUGUUUGAUGAGAUGGUCAAUGAUGGUAUUACUCCUGAUGAUAUCACUUUUGGUUCUCUAGUUAUGGGAUUUUGCAAGCAAGGCAUGGUGCAUGAAGCAGUAGAGAUGCUACAAGAGAUGGUUAAGAUCAACUGCAGGAUUAGAGGCAGCACUUUUACCCUUGUGAUACAGGCACUAUGCAGAAAUGGAAAGCUAGAUACUGCUAUCGAGAUUGUAAGUAUAAUGGUAUCAAGAUAUAGUAAACCCAGUAAAGCAGGAUACACAUCACUAGUUAGAGCAGUUGCAGCCUCUGGAAUGACUGAGGCAGCUACCAAACUGCGCAAGGUGUUUAUCGAGCACAAGAUCCUUAAAGAGGACUCUUAGAUUGUUCAGUUUAGAAACUGCGGAUAUGCUGAUAUGAAUGCAGACCCUUUGAACAUGUGUUUGGCAUCAGUGUUUUGGAUGGUUAUUUAUCUUCUUUUCUAAGAGAAUGAUCUCCACUUGUCUGACUAGAUGCCUUGGCUUGCAACAUAGCAAACUUAUCAGCAGUAACAUCUUUGCUAAUAAUAGUUGUCUAGAGGAUCUCAGUUCAACACACAAUAAUCUGUACUUCUUAACCCAGAUGCAUAUCUCAAAAAUAUACAUUUAAACACCUAAGUUCUAGCUUCACAGAAUGAUCUUUUGCAUAUCUCAAAACUUCACAUGCUCUUCGGGAGAAUGAUCUCCACUUAUUUGGCUAGACGCCUUGGCAUGCAAAAUAGCAGACUUAUUUAACAUUAACAUGUUAUGAUAUUAGUCUAGAAGAUCUCUGUUCAACACACAAUAAUCUGUUCCUCUUAUGCCAUGUGCAUUACUCAAAAAUAUACAUUUAAAAACAUGAGCAUAAGGCAACCAAAUGUUUUCAAGUGGGAGUCUCAGUAGGGUUCCAGAACAUACCUCCUCUGGAGUGUUAUAAUCAGUGGCACUAGAUGGUGAUCUACUGACCAAAUAGCAUGCUGUAAUCACAGAUUUUAUGGAAUCUCCAGUAUUAAAGAGCAUACUGACCAAAUAGCAUGCUGUAAUCACAAAUUUAAAAACAGUAGCAUGCUGUAUUGUUUCAACAUGAGUAUUUAGGUAUUAUCAACUAUAAAUAAAUGUUUUAAUAUUUUAAAUUUGAUUAAUGAUAUUAUUUUAUAUAAUAUUCAUAUUGUUGAUCUAAAAUAGUUGGAACAUUAUCAAGCGAUCCCAAAUAUCAAUUAAUUUUUGGUAAAAGUUCAUACUAGUAAGAGAACAAUAGAAGAAGCCACAUAUAUAUAUCUUAAAUUUUACUAUCAAUAAUCAAGGUUCUACGAGUUUAGUUUGUUGACGCUUUUAAAAGUUUGUUCGAUAAGAUCUUGAAUUCUCAAUCCUUAAUAAAAGGAGCCAGGUGUAUCAAAAUCCGGUUAUAUUUAGAUAUAAGAAUAAUAUUUUUAAUAAAAUAAAUAAAUAAUCAAAAUGAUAUUUCAUCAUAAGAUCUUCCUACCAUCCUAGAAUAAAUAAUGAA